CAUCUGGCAUCACGGCGUAUAAAGACUGACAUAACCUUGAAAAUUCGCUUGUUUGUUAUCCCGGGUAAGAUUGUACGUGACUGAGUGCUUUUUCACAAAGUUUUGGAAUUGAUUGUUUAGUGGAUUACAAGACAGUGCAAAUUUCCAUAAAAGAGAAACCACAUUACCUUGAAAAAUGUCUGAACGUAAAGUAUUAAACAAUUGCAGAGAAUUUUUUUAAACAAAUAAGAUGGGAGUCUAUUCGACAGAACUCGUGUGACCAUUGCAUUGUGCAUUUCCUUCUUUCAUGUCAUUGGGCCUGAUAAACCGUGAUUUAUCUGAGCGAAGCGAGAAAUAUUAUCCCCCGGAUUUUGAUCCGUCGAAGAUACCUCGCAUGGAACUUGCCAAAAAUCGUCAAUAUACAGUACGUCUAAUGGCUCCCUUCAACAUGAGAUGUAAAACUUGCGGUGAAUACAUUUACAAAGGAAAAAAAUUCAAUGCCCGCAAGGAGGACGUCGACGGUGACGAUUACCUCGGCAUUAGGAUAUACAGAUUCUACAUAAAAUGCACGAGAUGUCUGCAGGAGAUAUCCUUCAAGACAGAUCCAAAAAACACUGAUUAUGAGAUCGAGGCAGGAGCUACGAGGAACUUCAUGGCAUUGAAAUUAGCGGAGGAGCAAGCGCAGAGGGAGGAGGACGAGGAAAAGGAAGAGGAGGCAAUCAAUCCCAUGAAAUUAUUGGAAAAGAGAAUACACCAAUGUAAACAGGAAUUAGAAUUACUCGAGUCUUUGGAGGAAUUGAAGGACCUCAACUGGCGACAGCAGAGAUUCAAUUACGACGAGAUGUUGGAGCAGUACAACACCGCCAUCGCUAGACAGAGAACGAUCAAAGAGCAAGAGAAAUUGGACGAGGAAUUGGUUCAAUCCAUCUUCAGCAAAAAGAGAUUAAUCGGCCAUGUUUUAGAAGAGGAAAUCAUUGAGCUGGACGACCCUGAUGAUCCUUCCAUUCGACCGAAGAGGCUGCACAGUUCCGAUGAAUUAACUACAACCGUCAAUUCCGGUGAAACAUCAGACGGUAAAGCCAGUUCAAUGAUACAGGGUGACAUGACGAAGCCUAGUACCUUAACAUCAUCUUCGGUAGGAGAAGGUACCUCGUUGAGUUGGUCCGCAGUUUCUACUGCACCUCAAAAUAGAAGCGAACAGUUAAUCAAGAAAAAAACAUGUCUAGGAAUUGUUGCUGGUCGACAUGAUAAUAAGGAUUUGAAGCCUCUUACAUCACCAAAUAGACAGAAUGAUAAUUCAAGCAACUCGCAUAGUGUCGACGGCAUUAGCACGAAUGGCUUGGCGUUAUUAGGGGCAUAUUCUGAAGGCAGUGAUGACUGUAGCAGCGAAAUAAGUUAAUCUAUUGGAUUCAGAAAAUUGUGCAUAUUUUUCUAUGGAAUGUAGAGAUAGCUGGUAAAUAAUAAUGAUAAUAAAUAAAAUAAAUAACAAUCGACUAGAUGCAACGAUGGCUCAUAACUAUCGAAUGCUCGUUGUUCUUUAUUCCUGGAAACCAGUGUGCUCGUGUAUAAACCACUAUUCGAUUCAAUCGAAGAAUUGUUUAAUAUUAAUUAUGCUAAAUAUCAACUCAAAAUCUCUCUCCCUGUCUUUAAUUACAUGCGUAAGACUUUUUCUUCAUUUGUCAAUAUCAUUGUCAUAUGUUCACAUUCGAGGCGGGAAAUACAAAUAGGAUGCGCGGAAUGCGUUGUACCAUGUAAUGAUAAAUUAUUUAAAUUAUUUUCUAUGUACAAUAAUAUGUAUAUAAUAUUCUAUGUAUAUUAUUUUAUAUGGAAAACAAUUUAAGGUCCGGCUGGCUCAAUAGCAUCUAGUAUAUUUUUCAUAUAAAUUUUUCAUCUACAAAUAUUUGAAAAAAUGAAAAAAAGUAAUUUUAGAAUCCGGGAACACAUAAUUAUUAAUAAAUAAUUCAAAAACCGUUGGCAGUUACUGGGCAACUACUGCGCAAAAUGAAAAAAUAAUGUAAUGGAUGCCAAACUAUUUGGAACUAAUAGUGAUAAUAUUUUCUCCAAUUUGAAAAUCUAACUAAUAUUGUGAAAUCUACUAAUAUUGUGUGGAAAAUUAAUUGAAAAAAAAUGCAGGGAUUCAAACAAAGAGUAUAGACUAAAUAGAGAUUUAGCAGAGACCAUGGGGGAGAUCAGCAGGGCCAGUCCUGAGCUGCGAGAAGUUAUCAACUUAUUAUUCUAAUCAAUUAUCCCGCUCAUGCCCAAUCGCUUGAAGGUCCUUUGCAGGUUUAUGAUAGAUAAGAAUUAUUGUUUGAUCGAUCAUCGUGUUUUUAAAAUGAAUUUUUCAAAAAAAUGAAAUAUUUCUACGGAAGUUAUCAUCUUUUUUUUUUUAAUUUAGCCCUAGAAUGUUGAAUGACCGCUCAAACGAUCGAGAAUCGUUUGCAGGUGAUUGAUAGAUGAUCAUCAAUCCCCUACAGAUCACUAAUUAUGAAUUAUUGAUUAAAAAUCAUUUUGAGGUUACUGAGCUCAGCGGCGGCGGAGUAGGGAGGUCGCCAUAUUGUAUCCAACAGCUGACGGUUUGCAUUUUGAGGCAUGGCGAAAAACUCCUCCGAAACAACUUCUUUCCAAUCAAACUCACGAUCUCAUCUACAGGAGCAGGGCGCAAAUAUUGUUAUCUCUUCGUGACACUGACGUAUGUGAUUCUACUGAGAAAAUGUGGAAUGACAUUCCAAUAUUAGAAAUCGAAGUAUGUGGUACACCAGCCGAUGUUUGGAGGAAUUGUCUUUUUAAUGAACCGAGCCAAUGGAAAAAGUAUGAUUUUACUUGUGGGAGCUAUAUCCAACCCAUUUCGAUCUUGGAGCCGAAUAUUCCUAAACCAUUGAUCACAUCAAACAAGUUACUUUUACCUCUGGAGUUUCAUAAAGUUUUAAAAAAGGUGCAAUGUCGCCGACCUCUUUGUAGCAGCAGAUGCAAUGUAGAGACAACCCAAUUUUCAUCUAUUCAUUCAUUUGAAGCGAUCAACUAAGUGUUUGCUGGGGAAUGUCUUUAAAAUGAUUGAAAUGGGCGAUCAGUAUCAAAUUGCUGGGGUCAUCAGUGCAUUUCAUGACCGAUACGUGGCCUUUUGUUUAGUGAAUGGAAAGUGGUGGUUGUACGACAACCAGCAGCCAAACAUCCAAAUGACAUCAGAUGUAGAAUUCGUUGAACUGGUUAGAUUAGUUUAUAUUUUAAAAAAUACAAUGAGUUGCUAAGCAUGUUAAAAAAAAUAUCACUUACCAAAGUUAUUCUAUCAAAGAUGAAUAUUUAUUUGUUUUCCAAUAAAAAAAUAUAAUGAUUAGAAAAUUUA